CUCCACAGCCAAAGCAUCACCCAACGAUAAACACAAGCAGUUAGCUAGCAGCUAGCUAGCUUCUCAGCCACCAGAGAAACAGCAAAUAAUUCAGCAGAGAAGAGAGCAGAAAACCAAAGCCAAGUAAAUGGCUUCACCAUCCAUCUGCCUCCUCGCUGCUCUUCUUGCGUUGGUCUCAUGGCAGGCCAUCGCCUCUGAUCCUAGCCCUCUGCAGGAUUUCUGCGUUGCCGAUAUGCACUCACCUGUACUUGUCAAUGGAUUCGCUUGCUUGGACCCGAAGUACGUCAACGCAGACCACUUCUUCAAGGCAGCCAUGCUCGACACUCCUAGGAAGACAAACAAGGUUGGAUCCAACGUCACACUAAUCAACGUCAUGCAGAUCCCUGGCCUCAACACGCUCGGCAUCUCAAUUGCGCGCAUCGACUACGCACCAUUGGGUGAGAACCCACCGCACACGCACCCCCGUGCCACCGAGAUCCUUACUGUCCUCGAGGGAACCCUCUACGUCGGCUUCGUCACGUCUAACCCAAACAACACAUUGUUCUCCAAGGUGCUCAACAAGGGUGAUGUGUUCGUGUUCCCCGAGGGGCUCAUCCACUUCCAAUUCAACCCUAACCCUCAUCAACCCGCAGUUGCAAUUGCUGCACUAAGCAGCCAAAACCCUGGUGCCAUCACUAUUGCAAAUGCAGUGUUCGGAUCAAAGCCACCGAUUUCAGACAUAGUUUUGGCAAAGGCAUUCCAAGUUGAAAAGGGCACCAUUGAUUGGCUCCAGGCUCAGUUCUGGGAGAACAACCACUAUUAAUUGCCUUAAAAAAAUUAUGCUUACAGAAUCUAUGUUGUAAUUUCAUAUAUAGCAUAAAUAAGUGGUAUGUAUUUUGUAUUUCUUAUCCGUUCUUCCAAGGUGUUUGUUCUUUACAUUUAUGUACUAAUGUAAGGCCAAUAUAAUACAUGUAUGGUUUCCCGUCGAAUAAAUUGAAUGUGCCAAAACUCUGGAAGAAUAUGUACUCUUGAAUUAUUUGGCAUGCAUGUUAAUGUUAUA